AAAGUGGAUCUGUUUCUCAGGUCAUGCACAAAGCUGAAAAAUUGGAUUGACCGCGAAGAUCAAGAUGAAAUAUUGGCUCUUAUUCACAAAUUGAGGAGUCUUAUAAUUGCAAGAGAAUGCGCUCUGACACGAGACUCCCGCAAACGAAAAGUAGGCCAUUGACACCCUCGCUCUAGGUCGAAAAGAAGGCCACGGGUUGUUUUGGCCUUUUUUUUCGGUGGAAGGAAAAAGCUUUGAUUAUUUCCAGGUUUAUGUGCAACUGUGGGCGCAUCACGCCAGACUCGCAAGUGACACAAAUUCACGUAUUUGAGGACGUUCGCGGGCUUUAAAAGCCCGCAGCGCAAACAUCCACUUCACACCUGAUUACGUCCGACAUGUGCGAUGACAGCUCUUAACUUGGUCGGCCUUUUUCUGGUUGCUGUCAUGGUGCCCGGCGCCUUUGCUCGAGGGGGGUUACCAAGUUGUUGUCGCAAAAUCUCCGACACGCAAGUCUGUCGAGAUCGGCUGAUCAAGUACUACCGCCAAGGACCCCCCUCUUGUGCUUUGCAUGUCGUGGUUUUCGUCACGAUAAAAGGCAAGAGAAUCUGCGCCGACCCGAACAAGUCGUGGACCCAAGAUAGCAUGAAAUAUCUCGACGGGAAGAACCGUCAUGCCCAAAAGCUCGGCACACAACGGAAGCGAGCACGCUGCUUCACAUGAACUGGAGUAAUGUCUUCAUAUUUUCUACGUUAAAAACAUUUUUUAAAAAAAAAGGUCCAGUACAGCCUUUCCAUGUAAACCAGAAACAGACCAUGCAAAUUAAGAAAAUGAUUUUUUUUUAGCAAAGUUGGAACUAAGCCAAUGUCUGUAAGAGCUCUCUAAAUAAAGA